UGAGUUUUCGUUCGCGACUCGCAGAAGGUUUUCUGGACCGACUUUCAGGAUAAAUUUGCAUUUCUCAUUUAUUUACCGAAUCGACGUUGAUAAUUACCAAGUUAACAGAGGGAACGGAUAAAUAUGCAAAUAGUUAUGUUUCUCGUCUCGAGAUUGCGACGUCGAGCCGUUCACAGAAACGACAAUAAAGGGGGACCGUGCGAUGUGAUACUGACGCAUUACCAUAUUUUGUUCGUGCGGCAUUUGCAUACGCGACGUAACAUUUCUACUUUUUUUUUUUUACCGUGUCCACAUUUUUGUUCUAGAUUAGCAUGUUCUGGGAAGCGCGACGAGGGGAAGCUGCGCGAUACGAAAACGGUGAUCUGCAGCUGAACGGGAGCAAGCGGAUUUCGAUUCACUCCGACUGCGUCGCAGCGGGAUCGAGCGAUACGUCCGCGAAGAUCCAUUUUUGGCGAGAAAGGGUUCCGCCGCCACGGAACUCCGCGUGCAAAGCUGCAGCGCAGAUUACUCAUACCUGUUUUGACCGACUGUAUUGUAUUGCACGCGAAUAUGGAAUAUCAUUAUAGCCCGUCGUGUAAUUCCACGUCGGGAUGGACUUGGGAUAAUUACGUGCGUGCUCUCCGAUGCGCGCGCUCAGCCAUGGGAAACCCGUCGCGCGCACGUAAUGCUCGUCAAUUACGAAAAAAAAAGAAGCGGAAAAAGCGGAAUUAAAUCGCGUUAUAAAUACGUAGGCGAAAUUUAUCGAAAUGCCUUGAAGAAUAAUCAGGGCCGUGUGUGGGCGAAGUUCGAAGGGGGGACCGAAGGUCGCGGAUGGUGGGGCUGGGAUCGUCCUCGAGUCAUCUACGCGAUCGCGGGUAAUCGGUUAGUCUUCCUCGCGCCGAUCGAGCACUAAGUUGCAAACAGAGAGCUCGUAUCGUCGGAGAAGCGUUUCUCCACCCGCCUGUAUCCUCAGAAUUUUAUCGCCUUUUCGACGACUACGGUGGCAAAAUGCAGCACCCGCAAGCCGCAGCCUUGCUCCUGCUUCUGUUCGCCGCGGUGGUGAACGGCAGCCACUACGUCCAAUACGUUCAGUCACGAAUACUCGCGUCUGACGGUUGCGACAGCUACACGUGCGGCUCCAACGCGAGAUGCACGAUGAGCGAGGGGCGGCCGGUGUGCUCGUGCCUGAAUCUACAUAUGGGAGACCCGCUGGCGCGAUGCGUGCGGGUCGAGUGCCUAAUCAACGACGAUUGCCCGUACAACAAAGUAUGCACGAACAAUAGGUGCGUCGAUCCCUGCUCGGGUCUGUGUGGGGUGAACGCGAACUGCCUGACCAGAAAUCACAUAGGUACCUGCGAGUGUAUACUGGGACACGUCGGGGAUCCGUUCUCGGGUUGUCAAGUCGCUGACCCCCAAGCCGCCUGUAAGCCGAGCCCGUGCGGACAGAACACUCAGUGCGAGGUGAUCAACGAGGUGCCGGUCUGCACGUGUCUACCAGGCUACAGGGGCUCGCCCUUGGCCGGGUGUCGUCACGAGUGCGACGUCGACAGCGACUGUCCUCAGCACCUCGCGUGCUCGUCGUCGUACAGAUGCGAGAGCCCGUGCAAGUGCGGCGAGAACGCGGAGUGCGAGGUCAUCCAUCAUCAAGCGAAAUGCACCUGCCCGAAAACAUGGACGGGAAAUCCGUUCAUCGCAUGUCGACCGGAGUGUACCGCCCACUCCGAGUGCCCGGCGCACAAGCCCGCCUGCCUCUAUCAGAAAUGCGUGAAUCCCUGCGACGGCGUGUGCGGCGUGAACGCCGACUGCAACCUACGCGAAAUCACUCCCGUUUGCAGUUGCCCGAAACAUAUGACCGGCAAUCCUUUCGUCAGCUGCAGACUGUUCGAACCACGCGAUCUCUGCGAGCCGAAUCCCUGCGGUGUUAACGCGAUUUGCACGCCGGGCCACGACAGUACCGGAAAGGAGAGGCCGGUGUGCACGUGUCCUACCGGCUACAUCGGCAACGCCUUGACGAGCUGCCAGCGCGGGGAGUGCUUCACCGACAAUGAAUGCCCCGACAAUCGGGCGUGUAUCGAUUUCACGUGCAGGAACCCGUGCACCGGCCGCGAAUGUGGCCCGAGCGCCACGUGCACGCCCCGACGUCACAUCGCGGUCUGUACGUGCCCGCAGGGGACCAGAGGCGAUGCCCUAUACACCUGUAACCCGAUCGAGAGCAAAUCGGUGUACAAUUACGGCCGCGCCUACCGUUACCGCUACUAGUCACGCCGUACGAAACCGAUCCCACGUUUGAAAUACUCAACGUUUUAAUACACCGCGUACUUUCUAUUCCAAUUUGUAUUCGGGCGCGCCCUCGCGGAGAAGUGAACCGGGGGAGUAGAAAGAAAUUAACCGCCUAUUCCUUGCGCAGGUCGUGUAACAGAGUAAUAUAUUUGUUGUAAUGCUACGCUGAUAAUAUGUCUUCCAAAUCGUGUUCACCAUAGAUCUCACGCAAAGUGUUCUGUAUGUCUUAUAAGCUGCGGCUGGUCGCAAAGUCUAGUUUCGAUCCUUAAUAAAAAUAAAAGCAUAACGAUUUAUGCUACAGUAUCAAGGCUUCUA